CUCUCUCUCUCUCUCUCACGCUCCUCGGCUACUCCUGCUGCUCCGCUCCUCGCACGCAGCGGAGUGAGCUCGUCUUCGUCCCCCAUCUCGGUGAGGAAUUUCAUGGUGGCCAGUUUGAUCUCGCCUUUGUCUCAACCAUGUAUAUAAAGAAGGUUGUGAUAGAAGGGUUUAAGAGCUACAGGGAGGAGAUCUCAACGGAACCUUUCAGCCCAAAAGUUAAUGUAGUUGUCGGCGCAAAUGGAUCUGGCAAAUCAAACUUCUUCCAUGCUAUACGGUUUGUCCUCAGUGACAUGUUUCAGAACUUGCGCAGUGAAGACAGGGGUGCUCUUCUUCAUGAAGGUGCUGGGCACUCGGUUGUCUCGGCUUUUGUGGAGAUAGUGUUUGAUAAUUCAGACAACCGUAUUCCAGUUGACAAAGAGGAGGUACGCUUGCGCAGGACUGUUGCUUCAAAGAAGGAUGAAUACUACUUGGAUGGGAAGCAUGUCAGUAAAACUGAAGUCAUGAAUCUGCUAGAGAGUGCUGGAUUUUCUCGCUCUAAUCCAUACUACGUUGUCCAGCAGGGAAAGAUUGCAUCCCUUACCCUAAUGAAAGAUUCUGAACGACUGGAUCUCCUCAAAGAGAUCGGUGGUACGCGUGUUUAUGAAGACAGACGGCGUGAGAGUUUGAAAAUCAUGCAGGAAACAGCCAACAAAAGAAAGCAGAUUGAUCAAGUUGUCCACUACUUGGAGGAAAGGCUGAGAGAACUUGAUGAAGAGAAAGAAGAACUGAAGAAAUACCAGCAGUUGGACAAACAAAGAAGAUCACUCGAGUACACUAUAUUGGACCAUGAACUAAAUGAGGCUAGGAACGAAUUAGCUUCAAUGGAUGAUAACCGAAGAAAUAUUUCUGAAAGAAUGUCCCAUGCGGAUAAUGAAGUGGUAGAUGUACGUGAGAAGAUCAAGAGUUUUGACAAAGAAAUAAAAUACUCAACCAAGGGGAUAAAUGAUACCAAGGCUCAAAAGGAAGGUGUAGAGAAGAAACGUACAGAAGCACUGAAGGUUGUUGCUCAGAUUGAGCUUGAUUUGAGAGACAUAAAAGACAGAAUCUUGAACGAGAAACGUGCAAAGGAUGAAGCUGCAAGGGAUUUACAAAGCGUGAGGAUGGAGAGUGAAAAGUCAAAGUCUGAAUUAGCUGAAAUUAGUAAGGUGCAUCAAGCCAAACUGAAGGAAGAGGAAGAAAUAUCAAAAAGCAUAAUGGACCGUGAGAAGCGGUUAAGUAUAUUGUACCAAAAGCAGGGGAGGGCAACCCAAUUUGCAAACAAAGCUGCCAGGGAUAAGUGGCUUCAAAAGGAAAUUGAUGAUCUUGAGCGUGUACUUUCAUCGAAUCGAAGACAGGAAGGUUUACUUCAAGAAGAAAUCCAGAAGCUUAAAGAUGAAAUUAAUAACUUGAACAGCUACAUUGAGUCUCGGAAAAGUGAAUCAAGCAAAUUAGAGUCUGCACUUGCAAAGAAGCACAAUGACUACAAUGACUUGAGGAAACAGCGAGACGAGCUUCAGGAAGAAAGGAAAUCAUUUUGGAAGGAGGAAGCUGAUGUGACAGCUGAGAUUGAUAGGCUAAAGGAUGAUCUUGUGAAGGCACAGAAGAGUUUGGACCAUGCAACACCUGGGGAUAUCAGAAGAGGCUUGAAUUCUGUUAGCAGAAUCAUAAGGGACCAUGGUAUUACAGGAGUUUUUGGUCCUGUAUUAGAGCUGGUUGAUUGUGAAGAGAAGUUUUUCACCGCAGUUGAGGUUACUGCAGGGAAUAGCUUGUUCCAUGUGGUUGUUGAGAAUGACGACAUAUCAACAAGAAUCAUUCAAGUUUUGACUCGAGAAAAAGGUGGACGGGUGACAUUUAUACCACUGAAUAGAGUGAAGGUUCCAGAUGUUAGUUGUCCACAUAGUCCUGAUUUUGUUCCAUUGUUAAAGAAACUAAAAUAUCGGGCCGAUCAUCGCCGUGCUUUUGAACAGGUUUUUGGCAGGACAGUAAUAUGCCGAGACCUGGAAACUGCAACCAAAGUUGCACGUGGUAACGGGCUAGAUUGCAUCACACUUGAUGGUGAUCAGGUUGCCAGAAAAGGUGGUAUGACUGGAGGUUUUUAUGACUCUAGACGUUCAAAACUGAAGUUUGUGAAAAUAAUUAGGGACAAUAAAACUGCAAUUGAGAAAAAGGCAGCACAUCUGGAGAAUGUUGGAAGCAAGCUAAGAGAUAUAGAUAAGAAAAUUACAGAUUUAGUUACUAAACAGCAGCAAAUGGAUGCUGAACGUGACCAUGCCAAAUCAGAGUUGGAACAAUUUAAGGUCGACAUUGCUAGUGCUAUGAAGCAAAUGGGAUCACUUGACAAGGCCCUUGGAAAGAAGGAAAAAUCACUUGACAACAUACGGAACCAAAUUGAGCAAAUCCAAUCUGGCAUUGCAAUGAAAAAUGAUGAAAUGGGCACUGAACUUAUUGAUCAGUUAACUUCAGAAGAACGAGAUCUUCUUUCACGAUUGAAUCCCGAAAUUACUGAACUAAAGGAGAAGUUUCUCUUAUGUAAAAACAGUCGCAUUGAGAUUGAAACAAGGAAAGAAGAAUUGGAAACCAAUCUAUCAACUAAUCUUAUGAGGCGCCAGAAAGAGCUUGAAGCAAUAAUUUCAUCUGCAGACUCUAAAACCUUGCCUCUGGAAGCUGAAUCAAAAGAGCAAGAAUUAAAAAGUUCAAAGAGGAGUCUGGAUGAAUUGACUGCAAUGUUGAAGGCUAAUGUUGAUGCUAUAAAUAACUUUACGAGGAAGAUGGAGGAACUGAAAAGACAAAGGGAUGAUCUGAAGGCACUUGAAGCUAACCUGGAGCAGACUGUACAAGAUGGUGCCAAGGAUUUGGAACAGCUCAUGAGCAACAGGAGUAUGCAUUUAGCUAAGCAAGAGGAGUGUAUGAAGAAGAUCCGAGACUUGGGCUCAUUGCCUGCAGAUGCUUUUGAAACGUACAAGCGGAAAAAUAAGAAGCAGCUGCAGAAGAUGCUUUACGAAUGCAAUGAGCAAUUGCAGCAGUUCAGUCAUGUCAACAAAAAAGCUCUUGACCAGUAUGUGAACUUCACGGAACAGCGUGAACAAUUACAGAGAAGAAGGGCUGAACUUGAUGCUGGUGAUCAGAAAAUCAGAGAACUCAUAUCAGUUUUAGACCAAAGGAAGGAUGAAUCAAUUGAGCGUACAUUUAAAGGAGUUGCGAGGCACUUCUGUGAAGUGUUCUCUGAGCUAGUGCAGGGUGGUCAUGGACAUCUGGUUAUGAUGAAGAAAAAGGACGGUGAUGCAGGCGAUGAUGAUAAUGACGAGGAUGGGCCUCGUGAACCAGAUCCUGAAGGGAGGAUAGAGAAGUACAUUGGUGUAAAAGUCAAGGUUUCCUUUACUGGCAAGGGAGAAACUCAGUCCAUGAAACAAUUGUCUGGUGGACAGAAGACAGUGGUGGCGUUGACACUGAUUUUUGCUAUCCAGCGUUGUGAUCCAGCUCCAUUCUAUCUUUUUGAUGAGAUCGAUGCUGCUCUGGAUCCACAGUACAGAACAGCUGUUGGCAAUAUGAUUCGCCGUCUAGCUGACAUGGCUGACACUCAGUUUAUAGCAACGACUUUCCGACCAGAAAUUGUAAAAGUUGCUGAUAAAAUAUAUGGUGUGACACACAAGAAUAGGGUGAGCUACAUCAAUGUGGUAUCAAAGGAGCAAGCUCUGGACUUCAUUGAGCAUGACCAGACUCAUAAUGCUAGCUGAGACUAAAAUGGAGCACAUAAUGCUUGUGCCAAUGGCAGAUGCUAACGUAGAGAUAGUGGAGCAGGCUGAUGUCUCGCUUUGCCUGGAUGUUAGAUGUCCAUAGUUGGUCAGUUGGACUAGUUGUGAAUAAGUAGUUAGCUUUUGGAACUGUAAGUCUCCAGCUGAUGUUAACAUUAUGUUCUGUUUUGGGUGCCACAUGUAUUCAGUUGUAUAUGCACCUUUUAAUGUAUGCCGUGUUACUGUAACAUCAUUGUUUGUUCCUGCAUGUAUCAACAAGGAUUACCAGCAAUGGGAAUUUAUUGUCUAUCCUAA